CUGUGAAACCCUAUCUGGCCACUGCUAUAAGCAUGGAGGCUGAAAGUGUGUGAUGAACAAGGGGGGUGAGAGUUGCAUGAAGUUUGGUUUAAACUGUGGAUUACUUUUCUCUCCCGUUACAUGCUCUUGUCACAAGACUUGUUUAGAAAACCAGUAGACGUCGACGAUGAUCCCGGCACAGAUCUUGGUGUCUGUGCUGCUGUCUGUGGUGCAGCUGGCAGUGUCGUACAACCCGGUGGAGGACACAACCAGCUGCUGUAAGUGUCUCGACCUCCUGCCCGACAACGUCCCUGACAACGUCAAGCCUCAGGUCAUCCCGUCACCAUUCAAAAUUGUCGUCUCCAGGCAGGACUAUGUGCCCAAUGAAGAGGUUAAAAUUAAUUUGACAACUGUCGAUGACCAGGCUUUCCGCUCGUUCAUGAUCAUAGCAUGGAGCUACGACACAAACUCGCAGAAACUCAAGCCGGUUGCCGUGGGCCACUUCACAGCUGUCGAUGGAACUCCUGUUGCUAAGGACUGUCUCAGUGAAAAUGGACAUGCUUUACGUAGUGUCGACCAGUCACCCAAGAGACUAGUAAAACUGGUCUGGACUUCUCCACGAUUCCUGGGACAUGUGCAGUUCAGAGCUACGUUCAUUGUGGAUGAUGACACGUUUUGGGCACGAGAAAAAUCCAUCAACAUCAUUGAUCCUCAAGCAAAGCCACUUGUUACUCCUAUGCCCAUGCCAAAGGUGAUUGAUCCCAUCAACACGGCGUCGUGUGGUAAGACGAAGGGCUGCUACCGUGAGCCGGAGGGUUGCUGGGAGUUACACUGCGAGUACAUCGUCACAUGGCAGGACCUCGGCACACAGAUCCGCUGGGAGAUCGGCGGGAUGACCGACGGAGCGGACGACAGAUACAUCGCGGUCGGCCUCUCCAAUGACACCUACAUGGGAGAUGACAUGGUUAUGGAGUGUGUACACAGCUCAGAGUUUGACCAGACAAGAGUCUACCUCUCUCGAAACAUUGGUUUGUCUAACCACAGGCUGCAUGAGAGUCUGAUCCAGAAGGCCAUCGUGGACCAGGAGGGUUCGUACUACAGUGGACGGCUGCGGUGUCGCUUCCUGAUGGACAAGUACCCCAAGGACCGAUACCGGAGACUGUCCACGCUGUCCGGCAACGUCUGGCACCUGCUGAUGGCUAGAGGACACGCUGAGCAAGGCAGAAUCCAUCGUCAUGGCCUGGAGGUGCGAGACUUCCCUCUAGUGUCUCCUGGUAAAAUCAGCCUCCAGCGGAAUGCAGACGUCAGUGGCCGUGCGUCAUACCCUCUCGUCAAGGCACAUGCCUGCUUGAUGAUCAUGGCGUGGAUCUUCUGUGCCUCCAUUGGUCUGCUGCUGACCAAGUACUACAAACCCAUGUGGCCCAACAAGAGGUUCUACGACACCAGAUACUGGUUCCUGGGUCAUUUCAACCUAAUGGCGUUCUGCUUCCUGCUGGUUGUUAUUGCAUUCAUCCUCAUCUUCAUUGAGGCAGGAGGAUACAGUAAUGCUCCUGAUCUUCCACAAAAGGCUCAUCCAAUUCUGGGAAUCAUCAUCUUUGUCUGCAUUCUAAUUAAUCCAAUUAUAGCUUUAAUACGGCCGUCUGAAGACCACAAGUGCAGGCCGGUGUUCAACUGGUUCCACUGGGCGUUUGGAACCAUUGCCAACGUUCUAGCCAUUCCAACAAUUUUUAUUGGUAUGGAUUUUGGAAAACCGAAUGUCCCAUGGUGGGCUACUUGGAUUUUGGUGAUCUGGUUCAUCUUCCAUCUAGUCAUCGAGAUCUCACUGGAGGUACACCAGUGCUGCACUCACAAGAAGAACAAGGAGAGGAGGAAGAAGUACGAAAUGCAGAGACGAGAGAACCCCAAGCUUCAUAUCCCAGAACCGGAACCAGCUGGUCGGCGAUUCAAGCGGUUCAUGCUGUUCCUGCACGUUGUCGUGACGUCCGUGAUCACCCUCAUCAUGGUGAUCAUCAUCGCAGUCUCGUAACCUAGUAACAGACGACCAGCACCUAGCACACUUACUACUCACUACUGCUUGCAGGAAUACUGAACACUGUGGUCUUUUGCAGGAAUCUGCCGAGUUGGUUUUAACAAUUGUGUAUCAGGCCCGUAGGAAUUAAAUGUUAAUGUGAGAGUGAAGAGACCAAUUUUAGAGUCAUUGGCGGAUUCAGGGCAUUCACAGGGGACUUAUGGACCCCCCCCCCCCCUCCCACACCUGUUGAAAGUGCCCUUUUUAUAUCUACAAGGUACACCACUAAAUUACAAUGUGUCUGAGCAUCUUUAUUUCAAAGCGUUCUAGCAGCAUGCUGUGCGGCAAACUCAUACUUGCCCUUUUUAACAUUUUGUGAUGCCCCCUUUUACAAAAUCCUGGAUCCGUCCCUGAGAUUUAUGAAAUUUGUGUCACUAAAUGGUCUCAAAUGCAAUUUCUUUUCAACAUUACCUGUCCUCAACCUGUUGGGAUAUUUGGACCAGACCACUUGUGUGGUUGAGGACAGGUAAUAUAUCUAUAAAAGAGAAAACACUCCAGUUUCAACUAUCUGCAACCACCUAGCAAUGUUUUGAUGACACAUUUUGGCUGUUCACAAGGUUAUUGGUUUUUUUUAUUUAGUAUUAAUAAAAACCUUCAAAGAUAUAUAUCCUGAAGUGUGCAGGUAGGGAGAGCCCCACAUAAUUCCUAUGGGUCUGUGUAUUCCUUCUGUCAGAUCAUAUAAUUAUAUAUAUAUAUAUUAUAACAUUGUGUUAUCAGUGAUAUAGUGUUUUACUCACAGUUAUGAAUAUGCUUUGUGAUUUUUGUUUCUAUUGAUGAAAGAUCUCAUCCUGUGUUUAGGUGGACAACACUAAAAAUUAAAUACAAUUGGAGAUGUAUUACAUAGGUUGAGAACAAGAAGUAUUGCAGAUGGCACCUUUUUCUUCUCAACCAAUGACAAUUGUUUUUUUAAAAUUUAUGCAGUCAUAAAAUAAAAAGAUACAAAAUUGAUUACAACAGCUGUGAAAUUAUUGGUGCUCAAAUAAAACAUUUCUGUAUGCAGUGAUUACAACAAUAAAAAAACCUUUGCUCUCUACAUCUGUAUAUAUGUGGUUGUAUGUGUGCAAUGAAAAACAUUGUUGGAUAUGUGCAAUGACAUUUCUGCCAUACCACUUCAUAGAUCAGUACACAGUCAAGACUGGCAUUUAUAUUAAGAAGCAUAAUUGCAAUGCCUUUUAAGGUAAUUAGUUGUUUUAUCAUUUUAUUUUUACAUAAUAACAGGAGAAAAAAGAAAAAACCUUAAAAGAAUACUACAAAACCAAAAUUUAGUUUUUUGUUUAUGUACAUACCCAUA